AUGUCUGUCGUUAUUGGUAUUGCUUUUGGUAACACUUCCUCUUCCAUUGCUGUUGCCACCUCCGACGGUAAGGUCGACGUGAUUGCUAACCCAGACGGUGACCGUUCGAUCCCAUCUGCGCUUUCCUACGUCGGUGCCGAUGAGUACCACGGCCAGCAGGCAGUCAACCAGUUGGUGAGAAAUGCUUCUUCCACUAUCGUCAACUUCCGAGACUUCAUUGGGGUUCCAUUCGCCGAGCUCCCUGCGUCCGCCUUCUCCGAAAUUUCCUCCAAGCCUCUCAACUAUAACGGCCAGGUCGGCUACAAGAUCGACGGCAGCGACGUUUCCAUCCAGGAGGUCACCAAGAGACACCUCAAGCAGGUCAAGUUAGCCGCUGAGGACUAUAUCGGUAAGACCGUCGAGGGGGUUGUGAUGACUGUCCCAACCAACUUCUCCGACGUCCAGAAGGCUGAGUUGAAGAAGGUUUCCGCUGACUCCGGCCUUCCAAUCUUGCAGUUCAUCAACGAACCAUCUGCCGCUUUGUUGGCCCACUUGUCUGUUGAUGAUAAGUUGUUGCAAGACAGAACCUAUGUCGUUGCCGAUUUUGGCGGUGUCAGAUCUGACGCCGCUGUCAUCGCCGUCAGAGGUGGUAUCUUGACCAUCCUCGCAACCGCCCACGAUUUGAACUUGGGUGGUGAUAGCUUAGACAACGCGCUUGCCGACUUCUUCGCUGCCGACUUCAAGAAGAAGUACCAGGCCAACCCUAAGAGCAACCCAAGAUCCUUGGCCAAGUUGAAGGCUGCGUGCAUCAUCACCAAGAAGACCUUGUCCAAUGUCCAGACCUCCACCAUCUCCAUCGACUCCUUAGCCGACGGUUACGACUACCACACCACCAUUAACAGACUCCGUUACGAGCUCGUCGCCCGCGAUGUCCUCUCCAAGAUGGCUGCCUUCACUGAGUCCGUCGUGCUUAGAGCCGGCUUGGAAACCUUGGACAUUGAUGAGGUUUUGUUGGUCGGUGGGACCUCCCACACUCCUAAGUUGGCUUCUAACGUCGCCUUCAUCUUCCCAGAGUCUGCUGUCGUUGUCGCCCCAUCCUUGGACACCAAGGCUAUCAACCCUGCCGAGUUGAUUGCCCGCGGUGCCGCUUUGCAGGCCUCCAUGGUUGAAUCUUUCGACGAGGCUGAGAUCAACGAGUCUCUCGCCCCAGUCGUCGUCAACACCCAGCACAUUCAGAAGUCCAUCGGUCUUGCCGGUGCCGACGGCUCCUUCCUUCCAAUCUUAUUGGCUGAGACCGCCUUCCCUAUCAGAAAGGCCGUUCAGGUUACUGCCUCCGGUGACGUAUUGAUCGCUUUGCACGAGGGUGAGCGCUCCAUCAAAGAGACUGUUCUUGAGGCUGAGGUUUACUCUGAUGACGAGGAGGCUUACUCUGAUGAAGAGCCGGAAGUAAGAAGGGAUGUUGUGUACGUUCCGGGUACUAAGUUGGCCGAGUUGGCCCUCAAGGGUGUUUCUGCCAAGGUCGAGGUUGUUGUGAACAUCACUAGAGACGGUACUUUGACCGUUUCUGCGAGAGAGGUCAAGACUGGCGCGGUUGCGGUGAAGUGUGAGACCAAGUUUGCCUAA